UUCGCUGCGAAUGGUUAAGGAAUUACGCAACAGAGCUUAUUUGUGUAUUUCACAUAUCGUUUAAUGUAUAAUUGAUAUAUAAAUUUGAUAAAAUGAUUUUUUUUAUAUUUCUGAGUAAUAAGUUUUGAUUUUACAAAAAAAUUAUAUGAUAAUUUUAGGCGAAUUACAGGAUAUAUAGUUUGGAAUAACGCAUCAUAACAAUGACCAGUGCGCAUCUUUUCGCUUAUAUUUUUUUACGGUUUGUAGUUCACGUUGCUAUCGGCAACUCAAUGAGUUGCUUUGAGGUUGGGCCAUAUCUUAAGGAGGAGACAGGACUAGGUGCUGAAAAAUUUUGGGGUUCCAAGACGCAGGGCGUUGAACAUUGCAUGAAGUUAUGUGUACGACAAGCACAAUGCCAGUCCAUAAACUACGAUCUGACAUCAAAAUUCUGUGAACUUAACAAAACAUUAAGGAAUGGAGGGCAAACUAAAUCAAGCACAAAUUUGUACUCGGGGUUCAAGUCAUGGCCUAAGACGUUUGAUCAACACUGCUCGUCGCGCCCGUGUAAAGAAAAUGAGGUUUGCAUCCCUAAGACGUUGUUAACGUCAUCAGCGGACAGUAGUGGCUGUGGACAUGCUUGCAUUCUAUUCGGUAACUCUGUUUGUCCAAUGCCAACGGCAGGAACGUUUGUUGGUAGAAAGGUCGGUUCUGUGAAUGUAGUCACGUGUCCUAAAGGUAAGACCGGUGGGGGCCAAGCUACUUGUGAGGCUGAUCUAAAAUGGAGCUCUCAAAUUCCCGGAUGUGUUGAUAUUUAUAACCAUAGCUGUUCUGACAACAUCCUAUGUUCUAAGAUAGGAGCAAAAUGUACGACGGAAGGAAAAUGCCAAUGUGUACAUUCUAUGUAUAAUGAAACAACUUCUCAGUGCCAACCAGUGUUACGUCUCGAUGGGGGAAGCGAACAAAAUGACACUGUGGACGGAUUCCUUCAGUUUUAUGAUGAAAACGAAUGGAAAGCAGUGUGUAAAAAACAUUGGAACUGGAAGGCAACAAGUGUAGCCUGUAGACAUAUUAGAAGUGACCUGAUAUAUGGUGGCACAUUCCAUACAUACUGGAAAGGUGGGACUGCUUCUACUCUAAAAAAGAUCAAAUUCAGAGACAUUGACUGUACUGGAAAUGAAGAGUUCCUGCAAGAUUGCAAAAAUGGUGAAGAGAAAGAUUGUGACAGACCGGAACUCGCUUUAACCUGCUUCAAAUACAACGUCAGCGAAGCAGCGAAUAAGCCUUUAGCUUUAUUCGAAAGUAUUCAUGCUUUACAAUCAGAACCUGUGACAAUCGAUAGUGAAAACAUGACUGGAAUACUAGCCGUCAAAGUCAAUGGUCGGUGGGGCAUUGUGUGCAAGAAGGGCUUUGAUGGAAAACAUGUCGCAUGUAAAUCUUUGAAUCCAAAGUGGAAGUCGGGCAGUGAUGAAGCAUUUGACAUAUCUGAUCUACAGGAAAAUUAUUUACUAUAUACUCAAAAUGUUGACUGUAAAGGAGACGAAACACACCUGUUCUACUGUGAAAACAAUGGCUGGAAUACUCAUGAACCUUGUAGCAAUGGAGAGAUCAUUCGUCUUGAAUGUGAGCCUGAUUUAAGGCGUUAAAAUCCGGCGACAUCCGCGGUUAUAUCAACUGAAAACAGUCGGUUUUGUGCAAUAAAUUUACUUAUUUCAAGCUAACAAGGUCAAAUAGAAUAAAGCAGUGGAUAGUUAAUUAUCACUUAUACAAAUGUAUAAUUGUGACUGUUCAAGGCGCAAAGGGCAUUUAUUCUUUCUUUUUUAUGAGUAAAUGGCGGAUAAGAUCGUUUUAUUACAUAAAGGCACAUUAUGCUUCAGAAAUACAUAUUUGUGUCUUUCUGUAGAAAAAUAGGCAUGCUUGUAAUUGUCUUUUCAGUAAAUAAAUGGAUAUAGAACAAUGCGUAUGAAUAGACAGCGCUAUAAAUUAAAGUAAGAAAAAAAUGUAAACAAAUGAUAUUAUGACUUCCAUACAAAAUGCUAAUAGUUUUGUCUGUUCUUAUUUGACCAUUUCAAAAGAAACAAUAUUUGCUAUACAAUGUGACAUUUGAGAAUAGUUUUGGACACUCAAACAUUUAAAGCUUUUGAAAAUAUGAAAUACUAAUAUUUUUACGCUUAAAGGCCCAUUAUUCCUUAGAAGUGCUUUCAUUUCUAUUUCUCAAUCACUCUUUUUUUUUCUUAAGUAACCCGUUACAGUUUUCUAAAAUUACCCAUUCGCCAUCUAUAUUAACCAUCAGCCGAUUUUGUUAUGUAUCACAAUUUGUAAAAUUAUAGUGAAAUAGUAUUUUGUAUGGAAGUGAAAACAAUACUUUGUUUACAUUUUAUUACCUUUACAACACAUAACUGCACACUCAGCCUUAAACAUCUAAUAAACUCUUAUCCAUUAUUAAAACAUAAGUAAUCACAUGGUUGAUAUUUCUUAGGAAAUUAAAAAAAAAAACAACAUUUUUUUCUGGGGCAUAAUUUGCCUUUUUAUAAACUAUUAACAUAAAUGCCUUUAUGUAUUAUUUUUGGGAUAUGUGUAUUUAUAAUUGAUUGCAAUCUAAUAUUCCGUUUGGAUUCAUGAUGUAUGAAAAUAUUCACAUUAAGUCAUCUUGAAAUAUUAUAGGCAUAGAUAGAGGUGUUUGGAUGAUAACAUAAUUAUUAUGACAUUUAUCGUAAAUAUCAUGUAGUAAAUACUUAAAUGUCUUCUAGGAAUUGACAUUAAAAAUACGAUUCUUGACAUUGGUUUUAAAAUCAUUACAUUAUUAUUGGUAACGAAGACAAUAUUCAAAGAAAAUCACGGAAAAAAUUUUUUUUUCGUGCCAAAUAAGUUAAGAGGAAUAUAUAAUUUCUAUAAUUUAAAAAAAAAAUAGAAUAUGUUAUUUUCAAAAUAAUUAUCUUUUGUUAGAAACAAUUCUAAUGAUGCCUCUUUAGAUGUGAAUUAAUUGAAGCUAGAUAUAUGCUAAGAAUGUAUAGAAUAUUCAGGAAUGUCUUCGAAACAGAAACAAAUGUAAAACAACAUUUGCCUUUUUAUUGUCGAAGAGCUGCGAAUUAUUUCAAGACUGGAGACCAGGAGGUAUGAAAAUAUGUCAAUACAUGAAAGAACUUGUUUUAACUAUAUAAAUAUGGUAGAAGAUGAGAUAUAUGUUAUGUUAACUUAGUAUAUAUACAAUACAGAGAAGACCUAUUCGAGUCUGCCAGAACAACUGAUAGUAAUUUUGACAACUUAUCUGAUGUUGAGAAAAUCAGAUGUUUGUAAUUGUUAUUUAAGCUCAUCACAUUCAAGAUUUUGUCCGUGACUUUUCAGAUGUCUAUAAUUGUUGUUAAAGCAUUAAAGCUCUUCACAUUCAAGACGUUUUCAGUGUCUAUUUCGUAUGUCUUAUACUGCUAUUAAAAAUUUAGUACAUUUCAUUUAAUGUCGUCAGUGUCUUUUUUAUGUGUGUAAUUGUUAUCAUAAGCUCAUCUAAAUCAUGUGUUGUCAGUGUCAUUUAAGUCUAUAUUUUUAUUCUUCUUUUCUUCUUUUAAGGUCAUUGCUUUCAUGGUGUUGGCAGUCUUCACCAAUGUCUGUAAUUGAUAUUAUAAGCUCAUCACAUUCAUGUUGCUGUAAUUGUCGUUUAAGGUCUAAUGAAGCUGUUAUUUUAAGCUGAGUUUUUUUCGUGGUGUUGUAAGCAUAUUUAAAGGUCUAAUGUCACUUGUUUUUUUUUAUCUUAGCACAAUAAUGGUGAUAUCGAGUCUUUUCAGAUGUCUACAAUUGUUAUUUGAGCUCAUCACAUUCAUGUUGCUGCCAUUGUCCAUUAAGGUCUCAUUUAUUUUCAGCUUAGCAUAUUCAUGGUGUUGUUAUUGUCUGUUAAGAUAACCAUUAUCGUAGUUAUAAGCUAAUCACAUUCAUGAUGUAAGUGUCUAUUCAGAUGUCUUUUAUUGAUAUUUUAGCAGUUUUGUCAGUGUCUAUUCAGAUGUCAAUUACAUUUAUUUAGGCUCAUCACGUUAAUAUUGUUGUCAGUGUCUAUUCAGAUAUCUAUUAUUGUUUUUAAGCGCAUCACGUUCAUAGUUUUGUCAGUAUCUAUUCAGAUGUCUGUUUUUGUUAUUUAAGUUUAUCACAUUCAUUGUGUUGUCAGUGUCUAUAUAGAUGUUUUUUAUUGAUAUUUAGGCUCAUCACAUUUAUAGUGUUGUCAGUGUCGAUAAAGAUGUUUUUUAUUGAUAUUUAGGCUCAUCACAUUCAUAGUGUUGUCAGUGUCUAUAAAGAUGUCUUUUAUUGAUAUUUAGGCUCAUCACAUUCAUAGUUUUGUCAGUGUCUAUAUAGAUGUUUUUAUUGAUAUUUAGGCUCAUCACAUUCAUAGUGUUGUCAGUGUCUAUAUAGAUGUUUUUAUUGAUAUUUAGGCUCAUCACGUUCAUAGUUUUGUCAGUGUCUAUAUAGAUGUUUUUAUUGAUAUUUAGGCUCAUCACGUUCAUAGUUUUGUCAGUGUCUAUAUAGAGGAUUUUAUUGAUAUUUAGGCUAAUCACGUUCAUAGUUUUGUCAGUGUCUAUAUAGAUGUUUUUAUUGAUAUUUAGGCUCAUCUCGUUCAUAGUUUUGUCAGUGUCUAUAUAGAUGUUUUUUAUUGAUAUUUAGGCUAAUCACGUUCAUAGUUUUGUCAGUGUCUAUAUAGAUGUUUUUAUUGAUAUUUAGGCUAAUCACAUUCAUAGUGUUAUCAGUGUCUUUUCAGAUGUCUAUAUUUGUUAUUUAAGCUCAUCACAUUGAUAGUGUUGUCAGUGUCUAUUCAGAUGUCUGUAUUUGUUAUUUAAGCUCAUCACAUUCAUAGUGUUAUCAGUGUCUAUUCAGAUGUCUGUAUUUGUUAUUUAAGCACAUCACAUUCAUAGUGAUGUCCGUGUCUAUUCAGAUGUCUGUAUUUGUUAUUUAAGCUCAUCACAUUCAUAGUGUUGUCAGUGUCUAUUCAGAUGUCUGUAUUUGUUAUUUAAGCUCAUCACAUUCAUAGUGUUGUCCAUGUCUAUUCAGAUGUCUGUAUUUGUUAUUUAAGCUCAUCACAUUCAUAGUGUUGUCAGUGUCUAUUCAGAUGUCUGUAUUUGUUAUUUAGGCUCAUUACAUUCAUAGUGUUGUCAGUGUCUAUUCAGAUGUCUGUAUUUGUUAUUUAGGCUCAUUACAUUCAUAGUAUUGUCCAUGUCUAUUCAGAUGUCUGUAUUUGUUAUUUAAGCUCAUCACAUUCAUAGUGUUGUCAGUAUCUAUUCAGAUGUCUAUAAUUCUUUUUUAAGCUUAUCACGUUCAUAGUGUUAUCAGUGUCUAUUCAGAUUUCUAUGUUUCAUUUAGGCUCAUCACAUUCAUAGUGCUGUCAGUGUCUAUUCAGAUGUCUGUAUUUGCUUUAAAGUUCAUCACAUUCAUAGUUUUGUAAGUGUCUAUUCAGAUGUCUUUAUUUGUUAUUUAAGCUCAUCACAUUCAUAGUGUUGUAAGUGUCUAUUCAGAUGUCUGUAUUUGUUAUUUAAGCUCAUCACAUUCAUAGUGCUGUCAGUGUCUAUUCAGAUGUCUGUAUUUGCUUUAAAGUUCAUCACAUUCAUAGUGUUGUCAAUGUCUAUUCAGAUGUCUGUAUUUGUUAUUUUAGCUCAUCACAUUCAUAGUGUUGUCAAUGUCUAUUCAGAUGUCUGUAUUUGCUUUAAAGUUCAUCACAUUCACAGUUUUGUAAGUGUCUAUUCAGAUGUCUUUAUUUGUUAUUUAAGCUCAUCACAUUCAUAGUGUUGUAAGUGUCUAUUCAGAUGUCUUUAUUUGUUAUUUAAGCUCAUCACAUUCAUAGUGUUGUCAUUUUCUAUUUAGAUGUCUGUAUUUGUUAUUUUAGCACAUCACAAUCAUAGUGUUAUCAGUUUCUAUUCAGAUGUAUAUUACUGUUAUUUAAAGACACAUUAUGCCUCAGAAAUCCAUAUUCAUUACAUCAUUUCGAAAUCUCAAACGCGUCUUUACUAAUUGAUUCGAGCAUGUAAUAUGCUAACUGCUGUAGAAAGUAGCACUGAAUGUGCAGUAACGUGUCGUAAAGGUGGCAAAAUGUAAAUAAAGUAGUAUUUUGGCUUUCAUACAAAAUACUAAUUCACAAUAAUUGUAACAUUUGCCUACAAAGCAAAAAAAUGCAAAGACAGUUCUCGUUUAUGGCAAAUAAGGAUUUUUUGGAAACUGUAACAAGAUACCAAAGAUCAAAAGUUUUUGUGAAAUAAUUUGAUAGCAAUUAUGAGGCAUAAUGAGCCUUUAAGCUUAUCAGCUUCAAAGUGUUGUAAGUGUUAUUUAUGUCUUUAACUUUUAUUUAUCGCAUUCACGGUGUUGUAAUUGAUUGAAAUAAAAAAAACGACUUUGAUUAUAGUAUAUAUGACAUGUUGCAUUGUUUUACAAAACAAAUAUUUGAAAAAAAACAUAUUUUGUGUACCUUCGCUGAAUAUAAUAAAUUUAAACAUCAAUUUAUGUAUAACAAUUGUACAUGUAUAGCAUGUAAAACACCUGUAUUUAAAUUUAACAUCUAGGAAAAUAG